AUGGCAUGUUUCAGUAUACUUCCUAUUUCAAAUGAUAUGAUUCCUAAAAUAGAAUAUGGUGAUGAAAUUUUCAUCGAAAUACAUUUAGACGAACGAUAUUAUGUCGGAGACAAUGCACAGUUAUGUAAAGUAUGGAAAAAAGAUGAGAAAAUAAUAAUCGAAAAACAAUUUAAAAUAUUUUCUGAUCCUGAUCAAUGUUUUGAUUUUAUCACAUCAUACGAAUGGCGAAAAGUUUUCUUAACAAUUACAGAUCAAUUCACUUAUAUAUUACCAUUAAUUCAUGAUAUUAAACAAAUUGUUUAUAUUUAUAUUUAUUCUCAAUCACCAGAUAAAGUUCCAUACAAUAGUAGUAUAUAUUCGAAAUUACGAUCGAUUGUAGACGAAAAUUCAUCGAAUGCUGAUGCUGUUUUAUUGCAAGAUAUUGAAGAUUUUCGACGAGAUUUAAUGCCAAUUAAAGUUAUCAAUCCUGUUGAACGAAAGAUCAAACUUUUAAUUCAUGAAAAAAUGGAUAUUGAUGAAUAUUCAAUUGUUUGGCUUCAUAAUAAUGAAAAUAGUACAUUUAUAGAUACAUCAUCUAUCUUUGAUAUAACAAAUUCAUUUAAAAGUUUUUAUAAUGUCGAUCAAUGUUUAAAUUAUUUGACAUCUGAAAGUGAAACAAAAAUCUUUUUUAUAACAUCUUAUUUGGAUUAUGAGCUAAUUCUAUCAAAAGUAUUUGAGUUAUCACGUGUCAUUUCGAUUUAUUUAUUUUACAAUGAUCCAAAUUCGAUCAAUAUCUCUAAUAAGUUCAUAAAAAAACUUCGUGGAAUAUUUUCUGAUAUGAAAACUUUAUGUAAUCAAUUAUCAGAAGAAUAUAAACAAAAUAUUUCAAUGCAGAAAAUGUCGAUUAGUAUUUUUCAUGAAGAUAAACAUGAAAAAACAAUUCGCAAUUUAUCAAAAGAUAAUGCACGAUUUCUUUGGUUUCAAUUAUUAAUUGAUGUUUUGAUUCGAAUACCAUAUAAUGAUCAAGCAAAAGAACAAAUGAUCAAUGAUUGUCGAAUACAUUAUAAAGACAAUUCUAAAGCACAAAGGGACAUUGAAAAAUUCAAUCAAACAUAUAAGUCUAGUGAAGCAUUGCGUUUUUAUACAGAAGAUUCAUUCUUAUAUCGUCUGUUUAAUCAAGCUCUUCGAAAAGAAAAUAUUGAUUUUCUAUUUAUUUUUCGAUUUUUUAUGGCUGAUAUGUACAAUCAAUUACAACAAUUAUAUAUGGAACAAUUUCAAAAUAAUUCGAUACAAAAUGGCACAGGUCUGAUGCUAUUUCGUGGACAAAUUAUGAGUGAUAUAGAAUUCAAUUAUAUCAAAGAAAAUAUUGGACGUGUCAUAUCAGUAAAUACAUUUUUUUCGACAACGGCACAUCGUCAGGUUGCCAUUAUUUUUUCUGGUGCUGUUCCAAAUGUUCAAAAUGCAAAUUAUGUAUCCGUAUUAUUCGAAAUCGAUACAAAUGUUUUACAUAAUAGAAUUAAACGACCGUUUGCUUCACUUGAAGCUUUCAGCAAAAUAAAAGAUGAAUCCGAAGUACUUUUUGCUGUCGGUUCAACUUUUCGUAUCGAGAGUAUUCACGAUUAUCGAACAAAUGAAGGAUAUUGGUAUGUCAAGAUGAAAUUAGCAGAAGAUACCGAUGAAAUCAACGAACUUCGAAAUCAAUUAGAAAAACAAUAUUGUAAUCAAGGCGAUUUAUGUAGCAUAGGGCAAAUUUUAAGAGGCAUGGGUGAUUAUAAAAAAGCAGAACGCUAUUUUCUAAUGCUACUCGAAUGUAUUCCUGAAAGACACCCGAGCUAUGCUCAAAUAUGCUCGUCACUUGGAAUGAUCUCUCGAGACAAAGGAGAUUAUCAAACAUCACUUAAAUAUCAUGAACUAGCAUUGAAAAGUUUCAAUCAAAUCGACAUUUAUGAUCAACAUGACAAUAUUUGUUUUGAAUACGCUUCACUCGGUUCAACGUAUCAUUUACUUGGUAACAAUGAUUUAGCUUUGAAAUAUUUAACAAUGGCAAUCAAUGACAAAUCUUCUCCUAGUUUACUUUCACUUGCGUACAAUCAAAUAGGAAUAAUAUACCGUGGAAAAGGUGAAUUUCGUUUAGCAUUAGAAUAUUUUCAAAAAACAUUAAACAUUGAAGAAGAAAUUUUGAAAACAAAUAAAUAUGCUCCUGUAUUAGCUACGAUGCAUAAUAAUAUAGGUGAAAUCUACGUUCAUCUAGAUGACGAUGAUAAUGCGAUAAAACAUUUGAAUCAAGCAUUGGAAAUUCGUCUGAAAGGAACAGUCUCUACACACACGGAUCUUGCUACUAUUUACAAUAAUUUAGGAAUGUUAUACAAUAAAAAGAAUGCUCAUAGAAAAGCGUUAGAAAUGCUUGAAAAAGCUCUCGAAAUCGAUACGAAUCUAUUUGACGAAAAUCAUGAAUCAUUAUCUGUUACACACUACAAUAUCAGUGGUGCUUAUUUAGGAAUGGGCGAUUUAGCCAAAGCUGUUUAUCAUUCCGAAACAGCACUAAGAAUCCAGCUUCGUUCACAAGCCAGAGACGACCAAUUAAUAAUUAGCAAAUAUCAGCUUCAUCUCGGGCGCAUACAACUAGAGUUAGGUAAUUUUACAAAAGCAUUGAAAAUAGCAGAGAAAGCAUUGAAUAUUCAACUCAAAUAUUUGCCAGAUAAUCACCGAGAUUUUACAUAUACAUAUUUAUUAUUUUCAAAUAUACAUGAAAAAGAAGGAAAUAUAAUAAAAGCUAUCGAAUAUUUAGAAAAGUGUGAAGAUAUUGCAAGAAUUUCAAUAUUACCAUAUAAUUGA